UAGCAUCCUCGCUGUGCUCUGUGCUGGGGGCAGCUUGUGCAAAAUUGGGGCUGAGCUGCCCCACGUCACCUUGGUGCUCCCAGGGAAGCUGGACAAACAUCCCUGGGCAGAACUAAAUCCCCGCGUUUUGUGAGCGGCGCAUGAAUCACGAGCUUCCCGGGGUGGGCAUCCACUCGCUGCCUCUCCAGGCAAAGUCAGCCCCUGCUCCCGGGGGAGCAGAGCACCGCAGAAAAAAGGAAGGGGGUUUGGAAUUGAGCUGUGAUGUGUCCCCCCCCCUCUCCCCCAGCUGCCACAUCGCCUCCAUCACCCUGGCUGCUGAGCCGCCUAAUGAGGGACUUAACGAAGAUUAGCAGCAGCCCUUUGCUCUGCUCCGUGCUGAGGGGGUUGGGGCCUGUGAUGGAGAGGGGGGGACGACGUGCGUGGGGGCAGCCUGGGGGCCAUUGGGUGCGUGGACGAGGACGGUCCCCUGCUGCGAGGGUGUCCCCACAGCGCCGGCAGGCAGCACAGAUGGGCGCGAUGUCUCGGGUGGGUGAGCGCGUGGGCUGCGAGCUGCGUGCAGGAGAAGUGUUUGUGGCCGUGGGUGGCUGCGUGGGCACCGAGCUGCCCGGCGCUGCGACGAGCCCACGGGGCUGCUGCACGCAUCCUGCCCGUCCUGGGGUGUCCCUGUCCCAGCCCCGUGGGACACGUCCUGGGUAAUGACAGCUCCCCGAUGCCCGUAAGAUGGAGCGGGGCUGUGAGUUGUAGGUGCCUUGCCCAUGGGAACAAUACAAGGUCCUGGUGAGGGGGGCUGGGGACAGCCAGAGGCCACCAGCCUGGUUGGCCACAUCCUGCCUCUUCCCUCAGCAGCAACCAUGCCAGGUCCCCCCCCGUCCCUCCUCUCCAGGCAUUAAAAAAACCAGAAGCCCUUCCUGGGCCAGCACAGGAGCCCGUGGGAGCAGAGUGGGGCUGUCCCGUGCCAAGGAGGGUAAAGGGGGUGCACGCAGGCUGCCCUCCUUCUGCUCCUCCAGCACCGAGCCCAGCCUGGGGGCUCCCACAUGGGGCUGGGACGAGCAGCAGGGUGGGGGGCUGGUGAUGCAUGCAGGGGGUUGAAGGCUUUUAUUGUAAGAUUUUGUAAAGAUUUGAUCUGGGGGGAAACCAGCAGAAACUGGGGAGCAGCAUCCUCAGCCCAGGGUGCCCCGAGCCCCUCACCGCCCCCUCGGGGCUGGGAACGCCGGGAAGCGAGGGCAGCCCAGCUGCUUGGGGCCUCUUGUGCACGGCAGCCCAGCCGAGCGUGAAAUGGGCUGAAAAGAAAAGAAAAGCCUCGUCCCCUGCAGUGGCUGCAGCUCCCCGACACGGCUGCGGAGUGGGGCUGGCCGCGGCUGGCGUGCAGGUCCUGCCUUCCCGUCCCUCUUUUUGCUUUCAGCGCUUUGCAAAUCAUUUUAGGGCACCCGGCUGGGCGCAGGAUGCGGCCCCUGGCCUGGGUGGGCAUCGCCAGCCUGUGUCUGGGGGCAGCCUGGGCCGUCCCAGCCCAGGAGGGGAGCAGGAAGGUGGAGAAGCCCAAAGUUGACCUCGCGCUCUAUGAAAACCUGGACCUGGACAACUACGACCUGACGCUGGACAGCUAUGGGGACGUGGUCGAUCUGAGCAACUACGAGGAGCUCUACGACUACGGUGACAUUGCUCCGAAGAUCGAGGUCGGGACCCUGGCUCCCCGCCCCAAGGACCCCGAGGCUCUCCCAAAGGUGGGCACCACGGCUCCAGCACCAAAACCACCACCUCCGACCUCCAGCCCCGUCCGCCCCGCGCAGGGGCUCCCCAGCUGCUUGCUCUGCCUCUGCAUCGGCACCUCGGUCUACUGCGACGACGCCGACCUGGAGCGCAUCCCGCUGCUGCCGCCGGACACCACCUACCUCUACGCCCGCUUCAACCGCAUCAGCGCCAUCCGGGCCGGCGAUUUCACGGGGCUGAAGAAGCUGAAGCGAAUAGACCUGACGAGCAAUUCCAUCUCCUGGGCGGAUGCGGAUGCUUUCCGCCUCCUGCCCAGCCUGCAGGAGCUCAUCCUGCCCGAGAACAGGCUGACGGCGCUGCCCGAGCUGCCCCGCAGCAUCGUCAGGCUGGACGCCCGUCUCAACAGGAUCCCCAGCACCGGGCUCCAGCCCGAAGCUUUUCGGGACCUGAAGCAGCUGCAGUUCCUCCAUCUGUCCGAUAACCAGCUGGACUACGUCCCCACGCCCCUGCCCGAGAGCCUGCGCUCCCUGCACCUCCAGAACAACAACAUCCAGACCAUGCACAAGGACACGUUCUGCGACAGCCAAGACCACAGCCACAUCCGCAGGGCGCUGGAGGACAUCCGCCUCGAUGGCAACCCCAUCAACCUCAGCCUCUUCCCCAACGCCUACUUCUGCCUGCCCCGCUUGCCCACGGGACGCUUCGCCUGAGCCCCACCGCUGGCUGCUCCGGGGGAGCAUCCCCAGGCACCCCCCCAUUUCUUGCUGUCCCAUGGGAAACGUGGGGUUGAGGCAUUGAACCCUGGGCCAGCUGAGCCUCUGCGUGUGGGCGGAUUCAUUUCUGGGGCAAACGGAGCAGGGUGCGGGCAGCUGUAAUAAAAUAAAGAGUUGAAAAAUGCAA